GUAUGCAACUGCGUUCUUAUGGUCGCAUACCUGGAGCAACGGAGGCAUUUUCACAGUCCUUGCUUAGCUGGGCUCACCUUGAGACCUUACGGUGCGAAGAGCUCACCGACGAUGCUCUAGUUUACCUUGCGGCGUUACCCUGCCUCAAGGAGCUUACUUUUUCAGUCUUGCACAAUACCUCUUUUCGCAGACUAAGGUCACGUAUUGCCAGAAAACCAUUUCAACGCAUUGAAGAUAUCUGGUUCACUGUCGUCGACAUGGAUCAGGCAACCCAAUUUGUAUCGGAAAUGGGUAUCUCUCCUAGCUCGAUUAGAGUUUGGUCUCGAUACAACACAUGCUCAUCACGAGCCGAGGAUCUCUUCGAUGCGGUUGCCAAGCACGCCAGCCCCGUGUUGAAGUCGCUAAUCGUUAGCAGCACUGAUGAAAGCGAGCUUGCCUCACAUCCACCUUCAUCUUCCUUCACGGUACGGGCAAAUACCCUCUCAAUCAGUAGUUUUCGACCCAUUUUCAAAUGUUCUCACCUUACAAGUCUCCACGUCCACGUUGCUUGUGCUUUGACCCUGAACGACCAAGAUCUGAUUGAACUUGGUCGUUCACUUCCGUUUCUAAAAGACCUCGACCUGAACACGGGCGUUGGCUCACAGACACCGUCAAAUGUGACAUUCUACGGGUUCUUCUGGCUCUUGACCCUCUGCCCCCAUCUGUACCAUAUUGGCAUUAGCUUCAACGCCGAAGAUUUAAGCUCCGUUGACCCUACCUCCGACGUGUUGCCAGAGAAGCGCCCACCAAUGCCACCUCCCCAUAAAACAGUACUACUCUUCGUGGGCGAAUCCCGCAUCCAGCACCCUCAAAAGGUUGCGGAGAUUCUGGACGUUGUUUUUCCUCGCCUGGAAUUUGUCGAAUGCUGGGACAGCGAACCUCAAAUUCCCUUUGACGCAGAACGAUCUGAGGUGGCAGCAGUGCACUCGCGACGCUGGAGGGUGGUCGAGAGUCAGAUCAGACGACGCAGGAGAGAUCGCAAACGGUUCGAGACGCGGUGGGCGAAGGUGCGAAAAGAGAUGAAGAAGCACUUUCGAGAGGAUCAAGACGGGGACUCAGGUUCACAGUCCGAUGAGAGCGAGAGCGAAAACGACGAGGCUUUAACUGAUAGUAGUACAUCAGAGGAGGAGUAG